CUGAUCCCUCUUUAUAACAGUUCUCAGUUCUCUCCUCCAUCCGCUUGACCCUCCAUCGACGGCGGUAGGGAGAAAGAGAAAGCUUUUCCGGCGGUUCAGCGUGCGACGGCAGCCGGCGGCCAUUGCCAGGACUCAAAAACAAUACCCAUUCGGCGAUUCAGCCUUCCCCUUCUAGCCCAGUGGCGGUACUCUACUCCUCUCCGAUUCAGCCUUCAGUUCAGACCCUCGCUCACCCUUCAUUCUUUCCUUUUUCCUCUGGUUUUGGGUAUUUAGCACUGUUCUGGGUUUGGUCCUAAUCGGAAGAUGAAGCUUGACGUUAACGUUUUGCGCUAUCUCUCAAAAGAUGAUUUUAGAGUCCUUACUGCUGUUGAGAUGGGGAUGCGGAAUCAUGAAAUUGUUCCUUCAGAACUUGUGGACCGCAUAGCUUCUCUUAAGCAUGGGGGCACUUACAAAGUUAUGAAGAAUUUACUCAAAUAUAAGUUGCUGCAUCACGACUCCUCUAAAUAUGAUGGGUUUCGACUUACGUACCUUGGCUAUGAUUUUCUUGCAAUAAAAACUUUGGUUAACCGUGGAGUGUUUGUGGCUGUUGGUCGACAAAUUGGUGUCGGAAAAGAGUCUGAUAUUUUUGAGGUUGCAAAAGAAGACGGCACUGUGCUUGCCAUGAAGUUGCAUAGACUUGGCAGAAUUUCUUUUAGGUCUGUCAAAUCUAAGCGUGAUUACUUGAGGCAUCGCAGUAGUUAUAAUUGGCUUUACUUGUCUCGGCUUGCAGCAGUUAAAGAAUUUGCAUUCAUGAAGGCUUUGGAAGAACAUGGUUUUCCUGUUCCAAAUGCAGUGGACUGUAAUAGACACUGUGUUAUUAUGUCGCUUGUUCAAGGUUAUCCGCUUGUGCAGGUAAAAGAAUUACAAAAUCCAGACGUGGUUUUUGAAACAAUCCUUGGUCUUGUUGUUCAUCUAGCAGAACAUGGACUCAUUCAUUGUGACUUCAACGAGUUCAACAUUAUGAUUGAUAAUGAUGAGAAGGUCACCAUGAUAGAUUUUCCGCAAAUGGUUUCUGUAUCACAUCGUAAUGCACAGAUGUAUUUUGAUCGUGAUGUUGAAUGCAUCUUUAAGUUUUUUAGAAAAAGGUUUAACUUGUCAUUCCAUGAGAGCGGGGAUGAUGAAAAUGAUGUAGAGGUUGACAAUGAUGAAAGUGCGAGGCCUUGCUUUUCUUCUAUAGCUAAAGGAGCAGGAAGUCUAGACAAGGAUCUUGCUGCCAGUGGGUUCACUCGAAAGGAUCAGGAAGACAUGGAGAAGUUUAUUGAAGGUGGACUUGAGGGAGAUGCAGAUUCUGGUGAUGAAGAAGCGGAAAGCUCCAAGUUAGAUAAAAUGGACAACAAUGUUGUGGAACAUCUACAGUUGUCAGAUGAGGAAACCUUGAAUGGUGAUGAAAAUGCAGAGUGUCAGAGCAACUAUAAAGCACGUCACAAUGACGUAUUUGAGAACGACUCGGAUUCAGAUCAGAACGAAGAAGCAAAUGGAGAAAACGACGUCUCCAGGAAUGGCUCAAGUGAAACGAGGGAGAAUGACAAUGGUGAGGGUAGAGAGGAGAAUGAUGAAACGGAAUUGAACAAACGGUUGAACAAACAGAGACGACGGGCCAUAGCAUCAGCCAGUGGUGGAAGAAAGGCUCGUGCCUCCAGAAACACCUACAAAGACAAGGGUAGGAAGUCUUCUAAUAAUUCCAAACUCCAAAAACAAAUCGGCAUCUGGUGAAGUUUUCGGCUCGGGUUUAUCUCAACCUUCAUACUGUGCCCAAGAUAGUCAGGAGGACUUGGGAUUUCAAGAAAUAUUUUUAAGGUGUAAGGAACGCAAGUUCACCAAGGAAAGACCCCUUGCGGAUGUACGGGUAUGAUGGCAGUGUGCAUGCUCUCCAAGUAUAGGGUCGAAAAGGUCAAAGGGCCACCGACUCUUAGGUAAUCAAAUUUUUUUUUAACGUUUUCUACUAAAUUAGGAAUUUAUUAGACAAGUGUAACUUAUUAGAUACGUUUUAAAGUUUGAACUUAUUAGAUAAUAUUGAAGUUAAAACUUUUCUUUUAUACAUGUGGAGUAGAUAAUUAAACUCAUGAACGAUCUUUUGGUUGGAAAUAGGUGAUUAUCAGUUAACUAUAUUGUAUAAAAAUUUAUUUGAUACAA